AUGUCUUCCAUGAGUUGUCUAGUCGUGGUUUUAUACAGCAAUCCCACAGAGCUAGAAAAUGCGUUGCGCUCACGACAAGUCAUAUAUUGCGGUGUUGACCCCACGGCUUCUUCCUUACACAUAGGGAAUCUCGUUCCUUUGAUGUGUCUACUGCAUUUUCAACUUCACGGGCACACCAUCAUUCCACUCAUAGGUGGCGCUACCGGUCUCAUAGGAGAUCCUUCGGGAAGGAAGACCGAACGAGGACCUGCGAAUGCUGCGCAGAUCGAAAGAAAUGUUGGUUUGUUAAGUGAAAGCAUCAAGAGCUUCUUUCGCAGUGGGCUCUUGUAUGCAAAGAGUCGUCUUCCCUCUGCCUCGGAUAUCACAUCCGACCCAGAAGUCAAAAGUAAUCUGGAAUGGCACCAAAAUUUCACGAUGCUUGAGUUCCUGCGUGUUGUUGGCGUUCAUGCUAGAGUAAACACCAUGCUAAACAAAGAGAGCGUUAGAACACGUCUCGAUUCAAGUGCCGGCAUAUCCUUCACAGAGUUCACCUAUCAGCUACUCCAGGCAUAUGAUUUCUAUCACCUUCAUAGUGCCUUUGGCUGUACCGUACAGAUUGGAGGCUCAGAUCAAUGGGGAAACAUCGUGGCCGGGCUCGAGCUCAUUAAUCGUUUGAAUCCAUCAAAAUCCUCAGAAGAUCAAAAAGCAUUUGGUAUAACUACACCUUUGCUCACGACCGCUUCUGGCGAGAAGUUUGGCAAGAGCGCAGGGAAUGCGAUUUGGCUGGAUCCCAAAUUAACUAGUGUCUUCGAUCUUUACCAGUAUUUCCUCAAAGUUGAAGAUGCGGAUGUGGAAAAGUAUCUAAAAAUCUUCACAUUCUUGCCUUUGUCAGAGAUACAAAUGGUGAUGGAAGUACACAAAUCAGAACCUGAUAAAAGAACUGCACAAAGGCGAUUGGCAGCUGAAGUGACUGAGUUAAUCCAUGGGGCUCCAGGUGUACUAUCCGCCGAAACAAUGUCCAAAACUGUGUUUAGACAUCCCAACUCAAAAACUCGCACUUUAGACGCCCAAACUCUCAUUGACGCCUUUAGAGGUGAUCCUCGAAUGACAUUGUGUGAAGACACGGAGUUAACCUCUGUGCCUGUGGUGAAACUGGCCUCGAAGUACGGCCUCGUAUCAUCCACCUCUGCUGCCCGACAACUGGCGCAAUCAAAAGGACUUUAUUUCAACGAUCAGGUUGUUCCAGACAUACGGUUUACUCUACAUAAAUCCCAUUUACUGGAUGGUCGUGCGGUGAUGAUCAGAGCUGGUAAGGACAAAGUUAUACUACUUGCCACUGCUGGUAAUUAG